AUGACUGCGGUGCUACUGCUCGUCACAGUGAUUGUGGUCGGUGCAAAUUAUGCGAACGCAGCAAAUCAACUGCGACUAUACGCGAACCGAUUCUACGCCACAUUUGCCACAAUUGUACCGGUCGAUCGAUACGCACGGGACCAGUUUGAAGUGCGGCCUCUGAUCUGGGGCUGGCUAUCCUCAUUUGUUCAUCUGUCACAAGCGCUCAAUCUUUGGACCGGCGUGUUUCCAUUGUUGGGUAAAUGGAGUGGACCUCAUGGAAGACGUACUCAUAUCGGGUGGAUUCCCGUGCUGGUCUGUUGGCAAUUCCUGAUCCCAUUGCCCGUCCUAUUGCUCAUGUUCUCGUUGGCCUCGGCAUUUCACCCGGAAUACGCGCGAUGCUAUCUGAGCACAGAUUGGCAAGCCCCAUUCAUCCUUGUGACGCACGUGUUCUCCAAAUUUUCCAGUGAUCGCCUGCUGGCCGGUUGUUUUUUCAUUGCCCUCAUGUUGUGUCUGUUCCUGUCCCAAGUAAGCUUAUCGACCAGUUUUUUGGGGUUCUGCUAA